ACUUUGAAGACAAUGAAAUUGAACUGAGUAUUUUAUUUUUCAUUUACUCUUCAGGUCUCGUCUGUACGAGAUUUCAUAAUUCAACAUGGCUGCUGCCGAUGGAAAGCAUGAAAAUGACCUGACGUGUGAUCUAUGCGACGAUUUCCUUGCUUUUCAGGAGCAACUAAAGAAGCACAGACUGGUAGAUGAUAGAAUUAUGAACACAUUGAAUUCCAGUCUGCCCACGAUAUCCUUCCCCGCUGACAGGACAGCUAAGUGUGCAGAUCUAUAUCAGCAGCUAAGUAAGGAGUAUGACAAAAGAGAAAAAGCGAUCAAAUCAUGUGUAGGAGUGUUGUCCCAAAAGGUAAACGCUCUACGAAAAGAACGUGAGGAGAAUAUGGAUGACUUUGACUUGAUGAGAAAGCUACGAAAAGAGCAAACUAAGCUAAGAAUGAUGCAACAAGAAUUAAGUGUAGAGGAAGUUCUGAAAGAUACAAGUUUAAAGGCUUACCAUGAAAGAUGCAGACAAUACUACAAGCCUCCAACAUCCCCACCUGUUUGACACCAACCACAGAAGAUUGCAAGUGAUGUCUGCCGUAGAGUGUGAAUAAAUCAGGGGCCAUGUCCAAAUUGGGAAUAACUCUGUCUGAGUGUGAUCAUGUUGAUGAAAUAAUCAUGAUAUCCAUAAGACACAUUUUAUAUUCUUUGUAAUUUUUUUUAGCCAAUACAGUAAUGAGUUUGUUGCAAGAAAUAGAUACAUAUAUAUGUAUUAUGGAAUAAAUUUUUUUUUGUAUUUGUAA